UUAUUUUCAUUUUAUUUGUUUUGUGUCGUGGCCGUGUAAUUUUCUUCGUCAAACUUUAUCUAUUGUUUUACAUAAAUUAGAAUCUAAUUGAAUAACUGGUCCGAUAAAAAUGUGAGACGUGGAUAUUAAAGGACUUUUUGUAACAUGUUUAUUUAAAACACUUUAUUCUAAAUUCGGGAUACACACUCUUACUAUCAUCAUGUUUAAUAAAACUAUACUUAAAGUUUUUACUUGUUGUUGUGCUAGCGCUUUUCUCAUGGAAAUAUUGAUGAGCAGAGCCCCUCAAUGCACACUUCUUAUAACAUGUCUCCAAUUUCUAUUAGUAACUGUAAAGGGUUUCAUUUUUACCACGAAAUUUUUAACGGUAAAGUCUAAAAUACCUGUGAAAGAGUAUUUUCUUCUUGUGGCUUUAUUUUUCGUUACUAGCGUUUCAAAUAAUUAUGUUUACUACCUGCAUGUCCCCUCCACCCUGCACAUGAUCAUAAGGUCAGCGUCCACCCCGGCUAGCAUGCUAGUCUCAUGGCAUGCCAAGAAGCAGGCCCCCAAGCUCAGCAGUGCUGUCGGUUCACUCCUCAUUAGUGUAGGUGUCCUCCUGGCUAUGUACGGGGGAGCCACCGUAGCCGAACAACAGAAAGGAACAUUCUUCUAUUGGUGCAUCGGUGUUGGAAUCCUACUGACCACGUUAAUCACCGGAGCCUACACUGGGCUGCAACAAGAACUACUGUAUACCAAAUAUGGAAAGCAUCCAGAUGAGAUGAUGUUCUACACGUACGCCAUACCGCUUCCAAUGUUCAUGGCAAUGUACCCUCAGAUGGCAGAAAGCACAAGCUCGCUACAAUCUGACACCUGGGUGCUGAUAGCAGUCAAUAUCAUGUGUCAGUACUAUUGCACCAACUCCGUCCAUGUUCUAUCAACGAAAGAAACCUCUGUAACCAUUAAUUUAAUUUUAACUUUAAGAAAAUUUAUGUCACUGUUGAUAUCUUCCUUAGUUUUUAAGAAUAAUAUCACAUAUUUACAUGUGGUGGGAUCUGUUUUGGUGAUGAUUGGAACAUUUAUUUAUUUUGAUUGCUUUACAAGUAGAAAACAGAGACCUGUCACUGCUCAAGACUGGAGGAAAAAUAAGUAGAUAAAGGAAUUGAGUUUCAGACACUCAAUACCGACGAUAUACCACUUUUUGUAAGGCGUUGAUGAUCGGCGUGAUUUUACAGCCACGCUGAUAGAUAAAAAAAUAUUUAUCUAAUGAUCUAAAGAUUCUAAAGCGAUCGUUCCUGAGAAUCCUGAGUCACGCUGAUGGUAGGCGCCGAAUCAGCGUGACUGUAAAACUAAUAUAAUUAUAUUGUUGUACACAAAAUAGCUUUUAUUUAGAAAAAUAUGUGAUAACUUGCAAAGCAAACUCAUCAUUCCGUCGAUAACCAUGUUUUGUGAUAUAAUUUUAUAUAAUGUUGUUUCGUUUUUUUUCAUCUAAACAAAUCAAA